CACGCGCGUCUCAUCCAAACGCUUCGAUACCAAAUUCGAAAUUUCGACAGGAUUGGAUACUCUGUGCUGAAAAAAAAAACUCAAGUGAAGUGAUUGUGUGUGUGAACUUUUUAUGCGGAUGUCAAAACUUUUUGAUACCACAUGACUCGAACUAGAACGUUAACCAUGACACUCUACCCAUCCCGGUAUAAACGAUAAACACAAUGAUGUACAUAGACGAGAAGGUAUCUGGGCCGGGGGGAGCGUCACAAAAGAACUGGACGCACCUCAACACUAGCAACGAUGAGUUGCCAUUGGACAUGCGGUUCAACCAUGGCCACAUGGUGUCCAUUACAGUGUACAGUGUGUUGAUGAUGGUCUCGGCUACUGGGAACUUGACGGUACUAUCGCAAUUGGUGAAACGGAGACGGGCUGGCAGAGCAAGCAGAUUGGAUGUGCUGCUCAUGCAUUUGGCUGUCGCUGAUCUUAUGGUGACAUUCCUCAUGAUGCCGCUGGAGAUAGCCUGGGCGGGCACGGUGCAGUGGCUGGCCGGCGACCUCAUGUGCCGCCUCAUGAUGUUCACGAGGACCUUUGGACUCUACCUCUCCAGUUUUGUACUUAUAUGUAUCGCUGUUGAUAGAUACUACGCAAUUUUAAAACCUCUAAACGUAACCUGGGAAGCCAGGGUCCGGAGAGCUUUGCUCACCGCGUGGGUGUGCGCCGGCCUCGCCAGUCUACCACAGAGCUUCAUAUUUCAUUUAGAAGAACAUCCUGAUGUGAAAGGAUACUUCCAAUGUGUGACAUACGGCUCGCUGCCAACAGAGCAGCAUGAGUUCGCGUAUUUCCUCCUCAAUAUGGUGCUGAUGUACGUGGCGCCUUUGGUCUCAACGCUUUACUGCUCGUCGGCUGCGUUAUUGGAGAUCAUAAAGCGAGCCAAUACUUCUAAUGAUAAAAUGCGGCGUAGCGGCGUCGGUAUUCUGGGAAGGGCGAGGGCGCGAACACUGAAGAUGUCAGUGACCAUCGUCCUAGUUUUCUUUACGUGUUGGUCGCCGUACUAUUGCUAUUGCUUAUGGUACUGGAUAGACAAAGACAUAGUGAAUCACUUAGAUCCAGCUUUUCAAAAGGCAAUGUGGUUGUUCUCCUGUACGAAUUCCUGUGCAAAUCCCAUAGUCUAUGGAGUAUUUAACAGGAAUCGAUGGAGUUGGCGAUCUGGCCCACACGCGCGUUGCCGCAACGGAAGCAUGCGUCGAGGCUCCAGGUUCCCGCACGGCGACUCCAUGGAGAUAUCCGCAGCCACGCUCGCCAGAGCGAGGUUCUCACUACACAGCGAGAGGAAUAGCCGACGAGACUCAACCCGCAGCUUUGUUACGCAAAACGGAACGCAGAAACAUUUGAACAACAAUAAUACCGUGAAUGGUAUCGUUUAACACCGAUACCUGAUUUUGAAUAACGAUACAUAACGAUGUGUGAUGUUGAAAUAACGGUUUUUAUAACGACAGUGAGAGCGUCGUGUAGUUGAUUUGGAAGGAAAUAACUAUGAUAGAUUCGUUGCGUGAAUAACGAAAUAAUGUAUACCGACUUAUAGCGUUACAAAAAUGUUAUGUGAUGAAGGUAUAAUAACAACCAAUGUAAAGCAUAUUUUAUGCCAUGAAGGUAUAUGUAUCAUAAUUUAAAAGUAAUGUUUAAAUAUAAUCUUGUCUUAAAGUUACUUUGUAAUUUAAAUAAAUACAAAGUACCUACGUAAGUUAUGAAAAUGUAAAAAGUAAAAUAAGUUUUGGGAGCUUUAAAUCAUAAGUCUUGGAACAUAUCUAGCUUUUAGAAUGGCAUUAUUCUUCUUAUGUAACUUUAAAAUUAAUAAAUUCUGUAUCGUGUCUUCAUAACGUGUAAAUACAAUUAGUUAAAUACGAAAUAAUAUGAUUUACCAAUAGUGCCUUUCUUAUAGACAAUCUUUUCGAUUAUUCCCUUUGACCAACUGAAUUUGUUACUUGUGUGUGACAUUUCUUUGGAUUCAGAUUUUGCGUAAGGAAAAAGUUAAACCUAAUUCUUCACAUUCCUCAAAAACCCAAUACUUAGUUAGUCAUAUUUUUAGAAAUACUCUUAUGUUUAGUAAAAAAAAUACUCCAAACAUUCCCAGUUUAGAAUUUUAAGUAUCCUUUAGUUAUUAAUUCUAAUAUUUAAUUUCAAACAGACAGACUGACUGAGUUCCUUAAGUUAACAGAGAACUUAAUGCUUGUUAUUUCUUUGUUGAAUAUUAGUCAAAUUUGUUUAUAAAAUGUUUAGUUGAUAGUGAUGUUACCAUUGGCUGUGAGGCUAUAGAAGUUUUAAAGUGUGUUAAAAGUUUUAUACCGAGACAGGCAUAAUGUAAAAUAAAGUUAUUACUUUAUUAAA